CAGAGCUAAGGCGGAGCACCUAUAGACUAUAGUUUCUGCAUAUGUUUUGAGGAGAGACAAUAAGAAGGGAAACCAGAGCAAGUGAACAUUGGAGAACUAACCCAACAUGGAAAGACCCAUACCAACAAGAAAUGAAGCUGAAGCAGCAGCAGUAGUAAAGAGAAGAGAAAGUGGUCAUUGGAGAUCCAAAGUUGAAGAGUAUGGAAUGAUUUCUGAUCUGAGUGGCUUUGAUAAUUUUAGAGCUGUGAUUGAAGGAGAAGCUACUGUCCAAAGAAGGAAGAGAAGAAGAAAGAGAAAGAGAAAAAGAAAGAAGAACAAACAUGCUCAGCACCCACUUCUUGUGGAUGCAGGAAAGCCUGCAAUUGAUACAGAGCAGGCUGGCAGAGAUGAAGCUGUGAGAACAGUGGAAGUAUCAAAAAUGGAUUUGAUUGAAAUACCAGCCACUGAUGUACCACAGAAGCCUGCUGUUGAUACUGCUGUUAAGGAAAGCAAGAUGAUAGCAACUGUACAAGCAGUGAAAAGUAGAACUGGAGGCAAUGGUGAUGAAGCUGGCUCUAAGGAUGUCUUUGGUCUUUUUUCCUCAUCUCCAGAGGACGGUAACUUGAUCUCAAAUAUUAGCUCCAAAAAAAGCACUGGAAAAAUGCUGUCAGUGGAGGCUACAAUAAAUAAGGACAGUAAGACAGUGUGGAGAAAUGAGCUAAAGACCGUUGUAGCAGAAGAAACUGUGGAUGUGGGAAAGAGAGAAAUACAUGCAGAGAAUGCUAAAUGUGUAGAAACUGUAAAAUCACCUGAAACAGAACCAGCUCAGAACACUGUUCUACGGAGGCUUCUUCGGAAACCAAGAUACUUUGAUUCUCCAAACGGCUUCUGGGCCAGGAGUUUCAGUUGUGGAGAAGAUCAUCCUGCAGCAGCAGCAAACUGUACAGUACAAAAGCGAUUGAAACCAUGCUUCCUCUGCGGGAGUCUUCAGCACAAUGGGAAGCAUUGCGUACAGGGAAGAGGUCACCAAGCCAAUUGUCAAGAGAAACAGGAUGAAAACAAUUUGACUUAUAUUAUUUGUUUAAGAUGUGGGGAUUCAGGACAUGAUAUGUUCUCAUGUGGAGGCGACUAUUCUCCUGAUGAUCUCAAGAGAAUUCAGUGUUACGUGUGCAAUGGUUUUGGUCAUCUCAGCUGUGUCAACGUUCUAGAUACGAGUCCAGCUGAAGUUUCCUGCUACAAUUGUGGCCAGACUGGCCAUUUGGGAUCGGAAUGCACAAAGUUUCCCAAAGUUGCUAGAGGCUCAAACGCCCCUGCUUUAUGCCACAGGUGCAGAGAGGAAGGUCAUUUUGCACGAACUUGCACUCUUUCUAGGAAGCGCGCUAGGAGAGUUCAGACCGAAAUGAGAAGAUCACUGGGAUCUAGUUCAGCACCUCCUAGUCUUUGUGAGCCACAGAAUGAUGCCAAGGACGAAAUACAAGAAAGACUAAUAAUCAAUGUUGAUCAAUAAAGGUGGAGUUAGGAUUAAGCUGUCACUGACCUGCUCUAUGAAGAAUCAAGGCAGAAUCUUAAGAUGUCUCCUGCAACGUGCAGCCUUUUUCUGUAGUCAUCUAUCCUUGCCUCAUGGAACUCCAAGUUUAAAAGAGUACCAUCUCAAAUUUUGGUGCUGAGGUUCAAUUACUCUUGAAAGACUGAAGCUAGUCAAGAUUGGUAGAAGGAAUACAUUCCAACCAGAAUGUGAAAUUUCCAGCAUAUAACACAUUUAGACUCUCUAACCUGUAACAAUCAGUCCAUUUUUCAUUGUUUUUUAUUUUUUUUUUUUUCAAAUGAGUUUGUGCAUUGGCAUGAUUAUGAAACCAUAAGGCAGCUCUUGUUUGUUCAUCAGAACCUUGUAAUACCGAAUUUGCCAGUGCAGCAGUUAAGGCUGAGUGCAAUAGAAAUUGAAUUCUGAUA